AUGCGUGCGCGCAGUGUACUCGCGUUUUGUGCUUUUAUCGUCACUGUACGAUCCACGUUACGAACGGAUCGUCAGUUUUGGACGGACCUCGCACACAAUGAGUUAGAAGAAGCCCUGAAGAUAAAAUGGAACCUGAAUCCUGCGAAGAACGUGAUCCUGUUCAUAGGAGACGGCAUGGGACCGAACACUGUGACAGCAGCCAGGAUAUACAAGGGCGGGGAGAGCCACAGGCUGGUCUAUGAGAAGUUCCCUCAUAUGGGACUUUUGAAGACAUAUUCAGCAAACAAGAUGGUGCCCGACUCAGCUUGCACUGCGACCGCCAUGUUCAGCGGAGUGAAGGUCAACCAGGAUACAGUAGGAGUCGACGCUUCGGUUCAGCACAGGGACUGUGAAGCAGGUCUCAAGGCCGAGGCUAGAUUGAAGUCCCUCGCAGCUUUAGCCUUGGAAGCUGACAAGAGUGCAGGUUUCGUAACAACAAUGCGAGUGACGCACGCGACCCCCAGUCCUUUGUACGCGCACAGUGCGAGCCGCAACUGGGAGUGUGAGGCCAGGCUGCCAGACAACUCUCCCUGCAAGGACAUUGCCAGACAACUUGUCGAGGAUUGGCCUGGACGAGAUUUGCAAGUCAUAAUGGGAGGAGGCAGGCAGCAGUUGGUGUCGAAUGCAACUGGCACCGAGCAGGACCCUAUAAAUCUGAGCCCGUGGACCUGCUACCGGCAAGAUGGACGGAACCUCAUUGAGCAGUACAAGACGGACAAACAGACACGAGGUUUUAAACACAGUGUGAUCAUGAACAAUAGGGAGCUAGCAGAGCUGAACGUUAAUGAAACGGAUUAUUUACUCGGAAUUUUCUCGAACGAGCACUUGAGCUAUGACCACGAGAGAAACAAGGGACCAGAUGGCAUGCCCUCACUGUCCGAGAUGGUGGGAGCCGCCAUCAAAGUCCUGCAGAAGAAUAAAAAGGGAUACUUCCUCAUGGUAGAAGGUGGCAACGUAGACAUGGCCCAUCACAGAGGCUGGGCCAAGGUCGCUGUGAACGAGGCUGUAGCUAUGGAGGAAGCUGUCCAACUCGCAGCCGACAUGACUGAUGCGGAAGACACCCUGCUCAUCGUCACCAGCGACCACACGCAUACAUUGUCUAUAAACGGCUAUCCUGAUCGAGGGUCCAGUAUUUUUGGCAUAGCUCAACCGUCAAGCCAUGAUGGCAUAAACUACACAACAUUAUCGUACGGCACGGGAGGUCCGGGGUCAUUCCAGUUCUACGUGCAAACUGACACGACUGGCAGCCACGUGAUGCGACGAGAACCUAGCAAGGAGGACACGGAGCAGUACAACUACACCCAGGUCGCCGGUAUACAGCUCGUGGAGAAUUACCAUGGAGGUGGCGAUGUGGCUGUCUAUGCUAGAGGUCCCUAUUCCCAUUUAUUCCACAACGUCCACGAGCAGCACUAUGUGUUCCACGCGAUAUCCUACGCAGCCAAGCUCGGGGCCUAUUCCAGCAGCACAACUCUUCAAGUGAACGUCUUCCACCUGGCCAUCAUCACAGCCAUCAGCUUCUUCAUGCUGUGA